AUCUCAUCUCUUUUAAACAUUAAGAGGUAGAUUUUUCUCCGCUGUCGGAAUGGCAAAGGCUAUAAAGAUGUCCGCUCCCUUGAAAACAUGGCUUAUUGGCGCAUCCAUUUUUCCUGCCUGCAAAUUCGAUCCUUGUCGUAAUCAAAAUAUUUAGGACUAUCAGCGUUGAAGGCUUCAGGAAGAGCUACUGCGCAUGAGCAAAUUUAGUGACUGAGUAACCUAGGCGGGGUAAAAGACUAAAAAGUGACCGUCACAGAAAGUUAUGACUGUUUCGAAAAAACCUUAGAGAGACUUUGCCAGCAUACGAAUUCAGAUUUUAAGAUUGGAGAAGGGAGUGAAGGAGAGCGGAGGUUCACUCAGAGCGGAAGUGAGAGGGUUGGUACUCUGUCAGCCGGAGGGAGACUGGCGAGUGAGGACUCCACAAAGACGCGAAUUUAUGGGUUCUGCCUUUUUAGGCCUUUGCCUUCUCUCCACCACAGUCAGUCAUGACUGAGUUCUGGGGAUCAGUGUCAUUCGAGGAUGUGUCUGUGGACUUCACCCAGGAAGAGUGGAAUCAACUGGAUCCUAUUCAGAGAAACCUAUACAGAGAUGUGAUGCUAGAGAAUUAUAGCCAUCUUGUCUCACUGGGGUAUCGUAUUACCAAACCAGAAGUGAUUGCCUCUUUGGAGCAAGGAACCCUUGGUAUCAUAAAGAGAGAGAUCCCGAGUUCAAGUUGCAAAGAAGUUGGGCAAGCUGAAGACUACCUGGCGUGGCAUCAGGAAAACCAAAAUAUACACUUGGACAAGGCUAUAUCCAUUAUUGAGAAAAAUGUGACUGAAGAAAGAAGUUAUGAAUAUGAUGGAUUUGUUAGCCCACUUCCUCAGAACACAUGGGUAGUUUCUUCAGGACCUACAACCUAUAUGAAUAACUCAUUUGGGAAAAGUAUUAAUGAUAGUUUAAGUUUACUCAAUUCUAGUAGUCUGAGUUUUACAACUCAGGAAUGUUAUGAAUGCAAUAGAUGUAGGAAAUUAUUAAUUCCUGGCAAACAUGAGAUAAAUGAUGGAAUGAAAUCCCAUGAUCAUAAUAUGUAUGGUAAAGAUCAAAUUUAUAACUUUGUUCGGCAUGACUUGACUCAACUUGGAGCUAGAAGCUAUGAGUGUCCUGAGUGUAGAAUAAUCCCCAGCCCGAGUUCAUUCCUUAUUGUUCAUCAGAUCAGUCACUUAGGAGAAAAGCCUUAUGCAUGGGAAAAAUGUAGAGAAGCAUUCAACAGAACAGCACACCUCAGACUACAUCAAAAAAUGCACACAGGAGACAAGUUCUUUGAGUGUAAUGAAUGUGGUAAAUCCUUCAGAGAGGAAUCAACACUGCAUAUACAUCAAAGAACACAUACAGGUGAAAAACCAUAUGUAUGCACUGAGUGUGGCAGUGCAUUCCAAGAAAAAACAAAUCUCAUUAUACAUCGGAGAACUCACAAAGGAGAAAAACCCUAUAAAUGUACAGAUUGUGAGAAAACCUUCAACCAAAAGGCACAUCUAAAUGUACAUCAGAGGACACACACAGGAGAAAAACCUUUUGAAUGUGCUGAUUGUGGCAAAUACUUCAGAGAGAAAUCAACACUGAAUAUACAUCAAAGAACCCAUACAGGAGAGAAACCAUAUAUAUGCAACGAAUGUGGCAAAGCCUUCAGAGAAAAGACAAAACUCAUUAUACAUCAGAGAACUCACACAGGAGAAAAACCCUAUGAAUGUUCAGAAUGUGGGAGAGCCUUCAACCAAAAAGCACACCUCAGUGUACAUCAGAGAACACACACAGGAGAGAAACCUUUUGAAUGCAAUGAAUGUGGCAAAGCUUUCAGAGAAAAAUCAACACUGCGUAGACAUCAAAGAAUUCAUACAGGAGAAAAACCUUAUGUGUGUUCAGAAUGUGGAAGAGCCUUUACCCUUAAGGUGAGCCUUAGUGCUCAUCAGAGAAUUCAUACGGGGGAAAAAACAGAUGGAUGUACUGUUAUGUGGAAAAGUCUUCUCCAGAAAAUCAUACCUUCAUGUUACAUCAGAGAGCUCAUACAAAGAGAGAAAAAUUAGAAAAUCAUAUGAAUGUAACGAAUGUGAUAAAGUAUUCUUCCAGAAAUCCUAUCUCAUAUUCAUCAAAGAGCUUCACACAGGGGAAAAACCCUAUGAGUGUUAAUAUAUGUGAGAAAUCUUUCUCCCAAAAAUCAUACCUCAUUAUUCAUCAAAGAACCCAUACAGGAGAGAAACCCUAUCAAUGUGAUAAGUGUAGCAAAGCAUUCAGAGAGAAAUCCAAACUCACUGUGCAUCAGAGAACUCACAGAAAAGAGAACUCUAUGACUGCUCUGAAUUGGAAAGAAAUUUUCCAGAGGUCAUAGUUCAUCAUGGAUUAGAGAAUUUAUAGAUAAGAGAAAGCAAAGAAGUGAAAAUGGAAAAUAUGUCAUAGGAAAAUCAAAAUAAAUAAAAAUAAAAGUGUAAAUGGUAAGUGGGAAGUUGUGCUGUAGCUAGGGUUGCUUUUCUGGUGAUAGUCAGUUGAGCUUAAAAUUCAGCACCAGCC